AUGAUGGCAAUACGUCAUCUCUUUUGUGUUCUGACUAUCGCUUUGUGUUGUCUCUGCAGUUGUGUGGUAGCGGCUGAGGAAGCUGAAGCUAAUGCUCUUGAGGCUAAAUCUACGGAACUUGGUCCUGAUGGUUUACCUGUUCCUGGUAUUGGGAAAUCUAAGACUUCUUCAUGUCCAUCUACUUCACCACCUGGUGCUGAUACUUCUCAGUGUUUAAAAAGUAGUGGUGAAGAAGAUAAUAAUGAUCAUGUUAACCGUGAUCAUUCACAGGAACUGGUACAGCCGCAUAGUCCAGUGAUCCACACAAAUGGAGACCAUCGAGAAGAGGGAACUGUUAGCAGCGGUACGAAAAAUGAACUCACCGAAGCAGGUCAGAAAGCGGUAGAAAACAAUCCACAUGUUGGUGUGGUACCUGAAAGAGCAGCACGUGAUAUUACUGCUAAUCCUGAUUCUGCACGUGGAGAGCCUGGAGUUACUGCUGUUGAUGUUGAAACUACUUCUCCAACACGUGAGACUCCUCCACGUACAACUGAACAUAUUGAUCCCAAGAUUGAUGGAUGA